UAUGUGAAAACUUUAUAAUUUGUUUAUGGUUGGGUCACAGAUUGUCAAUCAAUCAUACAGACAAUUAUUGUAUCUAGUUUCAAUAAAACUUUAUUGGAUAUAAAAGGUAUAAGAGUAUCGAGGCGAAAUGUUAGCUCAUAAAAUAAAACUUGUAAUUAAUAUUAUGUAAAAUGUUAUAAAGGUCACAGCGAUAUCAAUAUUUUUAGCGUAGGCUACGCAUCUCUCCCAAAUUGUCUACGACGUAGAGGUGACGAGCCGUGAUAAAUAUUUAUGAUAUUAAAAUGUUAAAUGGCACUGUCUCGCUCUGUGUUCGUCACCCUACCCCCACCACAGGUCUGGAUGAAGCCGCCUAGCCAUCAGUAGUAAUCACCAUUUAUUAAACACCGUUCAGUGAUUUUGACCACUUCUUAAAUUAUCGGCAAUUUGAGCGACAAGUGCGAUUGUGUAUUUGUGAUUUAAAUUUGGAAUUUUUGAGGAUUUUUUUUUAAUUAAGGUGGGUCGAGGAGAAUUAUGCGUGGGGCGUGCGCAUGCGCGGUGGUGUGCGCGUUGGUGGCGCUGUGUGCGGCCGGCGGGCCGGACGAGGAGAGCCUUGCCGCCGCCGAGCGGCAGCUGCUGGCACUGCUGGGGCUGCCCCGGCGCCCUUCGCCCCGUUCCCGCCCGCCGACACCAGUGCCGCAAGCUAUGCGCAUCUUGUAUGAUGCGCGAGGCGCGCUGCCUGCCGCCGCCGCCAACACGGUGCGCUCUUUCUACCACACCGCUACGGACCUCGACGACCGCUUCCCUCAGGAGCAUCGCUUUCGCCUAUAUUUCAACAUAAGUGGCGUACCCGGCGACGAGGUCGCUCGCGGCGCGGAUGUCACCUUUCAACGCGCCGUCGGUGUCGUCGGCACGCAGAGGCUGCUGCUGUACGACGUGGUCCGCCCGGGCAGACGAGGAAAGAGCGAACCCAUUUUGAGACUCCUCGAUUCAAUUCCGCUCCGACCCGGCCAAGGCUCGGUCGCGGCGGACGCCCUCAGCGCGGCGAGAAGGUGGCUCAAGGAGCCGCUACAUAAUCAUGGCCUAUUAGUGCGCGUCAUAGACGAGACCGUAGGCAAUGAAAGUAUAAAAUUUCCACAUAUUCGCGUCCGACGGCGUGCCACAGACGAGCACGAGGAAUGGAGCGCUAUCCAGCCUCUGCUGAUGCUUUACACGGAGGACGCGAGAGCCAGAACGGCUCGGGAGCGUGGAGAGACGUCGCUGACUAGAAAUAAGAGAGCGACGCAGCGCAAGGGCCACCGGCCUCACCACAGGCGCAAGGAGGCGCGGGAGAUCUGCCAGCGGCGCCCUCUGUUCGUGGACUUCGCGGAUGUGGGUUGGAGUGACUGGAUUGUCGCUCCCCAGGGCUACGAAGCCUACUAUUGCCAGGGCGACUGCCCUUUCCCAUUAGCGGAUCACCUCAAUGGUACCAACCAUGCGAUUGUGCAGACUUUAGUGAACUCAGUGAAUCCGGCCGCGGUGCCGAAAGCGUGUUGUGUGCCGACGCAACUUUCCUCUAUAUCUAUGUUGUAUAUGGACGAAGUGAACAAUGUGGUGCUUAAAAACUAUCAAGACAUGAUGGUGGUAGGGUGUGGCUGCCGAUGACGAAGGCUGAGCCCAGUGUGGACCUAGUGAUAUAUCGUGGACCCAGUGUAUAUAUAGUCGUGGCCUCGAAAAUUGUACAUAAUCAACUUGUAUAUACAUAUUCUUGUAAUUAUUAUUAUUUUAUUGAAACGAUAAUGAUAUAAUAAAAUAUUAAAUUUA